CUAGCAGUGGCGUCUAGUGUUUUCAUUGGCUCCAGCUUCAUCGUUAAGAAGAAAGGUCUCAAGCGUGCUGCUGCCAACGGGACCCGUGCAGGGUAUGGAGGUUAUACAUACUUACUUGAGCCUCUUUGGUGGGCGGGCAUGGUCACUAUGAUUGUUGGAGAAGCUGCAAACUUUGUGGCCUACAUCUAUGCACCAGCUGUACUUGUCACUCCUCUUGGUGCUUUAAGUAUAAUCAUCAGUGCUGUUUUGGCGCAUUUCUUGUUAAAAGAAAAGCUUAAGAAAAUGGGGGUUCUUGGAUGUGUUUCUUGCAUCGUCGGCUCCGUUGUUAUCGUCAUUCACGCUCCUAAGGAGCAGACUCCUAACUCCGUCCAAGAAAUAUGGAAUCUGGCAACUCAGCCAGCUUUUCUAGUUUACGUAGCCAUAACCAUGUCGAUUGUCCUUGCUUUGAUUCUGCACUUUGAACCUAUCUGCGGCCAAACCAACAUUCUGGUUUAUAUUGGAAUCUGUUCAUUAAUGGGUGCUCUCACUGUUAUGAGCAUAAAGGCCAUUGGAAUUGCGAUAAAGUUAACAAUGGAAGGAGUAAACCAGAUCGGUUACCCACAGACAUGGAUUUUUUUCAUGGUUGCAGCAACCUGUGUCGUUACACAAUUAAUUUAUCUCAACAAGGCGUUGGAUACAUUCAAUGCAGCAAUUGUCUCUCCCGUGUACUAUGUGAUGUUCACAACUCUCACAAUCGUUGCUAGUGCCAUUAUGUUCAAGGACUGGUCUGGGCAAGAUGCAGCCAGUAUAGCCUCUGAGAUAUGCGGAUUCAUCACUGUGCUCACAGGCACAAUGAUACUUCAUGGGACCAAGGAAGAGGAACAGCAAGCUUCUUCUGAUUUGAUAUUUGGAUCUUCAGAAACAGUAAGAUGGUAUGAGUCAAGAAAGAGCAGGAACGAAGAACACCUGAUAACCCUGUACAGCCCUGAAUACUAGAAAGAAGGUGGCAAUCUCCGGACUUCCAAAAUAGAUUUGAAAUGUGGCAAGAAAAAGCCUCGUGGAAUGAAAUAUGAUGUAUGUUAGUUUUGUAUUGUUUUUAUGGUAUCUUCUUUGUACAGAAUUUUUUUUGUCUAAUUGAAACUCCACCCAUUCUUUAUCUCUUGUUAGAGCAUCUCCAAUGUAAAACUCCAUUUU